UCUCUCUCUUCACAGCACUGCUCAGCUCUGGCUGAUGGUGGUGUGGGGGAUUGAACCUGGGACUUUAGAGCCUCAGGCACGAGAGUCUUUUGCAUAGCCAUUACACUGUCUCCCCUCUGUCCCCCUUUCUUUUUCUUGCUCCCUCUCUGUCUCCCCCUCUUCUCUCAAUUUUUCUCUGUCCUAUCCAAUAAAAUAGAGAAAAUUUAAAAAGAAAGUAGCUACCGGGAAUGGUGGGUCUGUAGUGUUGGCAUCAAGCCCCAGAAAUAAUUCUGGUGGCAAAAUACAUGUAUUUUAAACAUAAAAAAAAUUCAUUAGAGACAUAGAAGAUAAAUAAAUUUAAAAAAAUUAAAAAGAGAUAUAGGGGGAGAGAGAGAGAAAGAGAACCAGAGUAUCACUUUGUCCAUGUGCUGCCAGGGAUUGAGAGUCCAGUGCUUGACCCACUGUGCCACUUCCCAGACCACAAGAAAAAAAAUGAGUAUUUUAAAAAGCACACAACACUUGUUUAAAAACCCCAUUUUGGUUGGGCAGGGGGUUCAGUGGUAGCACAGGGCUUGGCUGUGUCAGAUAGCUCCCUGACCCCAUAUCUCUGCCUGGUCUGUCCGGACAGACAGCUGGGCGUCAGAGCACAGGCCUGCCAGAGCUGGUCGCCUCUCCCCUUUGCACUUGGGGGAGAGCCCCGCACCCACUCUGAGAAAGGGGAAGUAGAGAGAGGGGACCUUCCAGGACAUUCAAGGCGUCCAGUUCCCCCUUCUCUGGAGGUCAUUGCCCAGAAGCUUCCUGCAGUUCCUCACUGGACCCCGGGACACACACACACACACACACACACACACACCCAAGAUGUUGCCAUUGCUGCUGCUGCUAUUGCUGUGUGCUGAGUCUCUGCAGAAGAAGGAAGAGAAGAUGCUGUGGCUGAACGUGCAGAGGUCGGUGACGGUGCAGAAGGGGUUGUGCCUCCGGGUCCCCUGCUCCUUCAUCCCCCCGGGAGACAGCUCCGAGCCCACCUCUGGCCACUGGUACCGGAUGCCCCGAAAGAACAUGAUUGAGCAGACCAAGAGUGUCACGACCAAUUCUUCACUGCAGCUCCUCGGGGACCCUGGGGCCGGCAACUGCACCCUGGGUAUCAUGAGUCCCAGGAAGAGGGACACUGGCAGAUAUUACUUCCAGCUGGACAGGGGUCCUGCUAGAUACAGCAACAGAAAUGACUCUCUCUCUGUGCAGGUAACAGAGCUGACAGAGCUCCCCGACAUUCGCGUGCAGGAGCCCCUGCAAUCGGGUUCCCCCAGCCGCCUGACGUGCUCCCUGCCCGGAGCCUGUGAUGGGGCGUGGGCCCCCACCAUCUCCUGGACGGGGGCUGCCCUUGGGCCCUCGGGAGUCUAUGAAGCCAGGGAGAUCCAGCUCACCCCCCGCCCACAGGACCAUAACACCAACCUCACGUGCCGAGUCGCCUUCCCAGGCACAGCUCCCAGCAGAGAAAGGACCUUGCGGCUCCAGGUCUCCUACCCUCCCCAGAGCCUGACCAUCCACGUCUGCCAAGGCAACCGCACAGGACCAGAAGCUCAGGGAAACAGCUCAUCUCGCCUGGUGCCGGAAGGGGCGGCCCUGUGCCUGGUGUGUGUGGCUGACAGCAACCCCCCCUCCAGGCUGAGCUGGGCAUGGAGGAGCUGGGCCCUGAACCCCUUGAAGCCCUCGGGCCCUGGGGUCCUGGAGCUGCCCGGGGUGCAGUGGGACCAGGAGGGCGAGCUCACCUGCCUCGCCGAGCACCCCAGGGGCAACCUGAGCGCCUCCAUACACCUCUCUGUGUUCUCCACCCCCCACCUGCAGGGCCUUUCCUGCUCCUGGGAGAAGGAGGUUCUGCACUGCAGCUGCUCCUCCCGGGCCUGGCCGGCCCCCACCCUGCGCUGGCAGCUGGGGGACUAUACGCUGGAGGUCACCUCCAAUGAUACCGUCCAGGUCACCACCAGCUCCGGGGGGCCCUGGGCCAACAGCACCCUGAGCCUCCACGGGGAGCUGGGUGCCAGCCUGAGACUCAGCUGCGAGGCCAGGAACGCCCAUGGGGAGCAGAGAGCAGGGGUCCUGCUAAUGCCAGGGAAGCGGGAGCUCAGAGGUGGAUUCGUUCUGGGCUCCAUGGUGGGAGCUGGGGUAGCUGGCCUGUUGGCUCUCUGCCUCUACCUGACCUUCUUCCUAGUGAAGACCUGCAGGAAGAAGGCCCCCAAGAGGGCGGCAGGCCUGGAGGAGGCCCCAUCCACACAGCAACGACACGUCUCCUGGGACAACCAGCUCAAGUGCUCACCUAGCAGCCAGAAACACCCCCCAUCCCCUGCUUGGGCUGCCCUCACCCCAGCAGAGAAGGAAGGGGAGAAAGAAAAGGAGGAGAAGGAGAAGGAGAAGGAGGAGGAGGAGGAGGAGAAGGGGGAGAAGGGGGAGAAGGGGGAGAAGGGGGAGGGCCUCCACUACGCCUCCCUCAACUUCCUGGAGCUGAGGCCCCGGGAGCCUCCGGGCCAGGACGCCCUCAACAGCACCGAGUACUCUGAGAUCAAGACCAAGCAGUGAAGACCUCCAGCCGCAGCCACACCUGCCGCUGUGAGCUGUGAGCGUGGGGGACCUGGCCUUGCUCUCAGCCCCAGCAGGUGAUGACGUGGGCCCAGCAAGGCCCUGUCCUUCUCAACCUCCCCCCUUAAAAAUGGGGCUGGGGAGCGUGGGCGUGUUGCAUCUGCUUAAGCAGACAUAGUACGAAGUGCAAGAACCUGCUCAAGGAUGUGGGUUUGAUUCCUGGCCUCCCACCUGUGGGAGAGGGGGGGUCACUUCACAAGCGGUGAAGCAGGGCUGCAGGUGUCUGUCUGUCUCUCUCUCUGUCUGUCUCCCCCUCUCUGUCCUAUACAAUAAAAUGGAAAAAAUGGC